AUGGCUUCUGAUGAGAAAAUGGACAAUUCUCCGGUAAUAGAGGAUGUCCAUUCUACAUCUAAACGCUCUAUUGACAUUGAGAGCCUGAAGCGCAAGAAGUUCAAAACCGAUGACCUUCCCUUAUCUGCGGCGCAACAUGCAGUCAUUGACAAACUCCUACAUUCAUUCAAGAAGAAGGGUGGCUUUGAUAGUGUUCGCAAACAAAUAUGGGCUGAAUUUAAUGACGGGGAACUUCGAACCGAUUUUACCAACAAGUUGGUCGCACUUGCAGAAUCAGAGAUCGAUCGAGAGCCGGCACUGCUGUCCCGCGAGAGAGGGAAAGCAGCGACACUCAUUGAGGGCGCGGUGGACCGUGGUGAUGUCUACAAGAGCGUAGAGGACUCCAUCGACCAAUUAGCAUCCAAACAUCUUGAUUUUAUCCUCGAAUCGGUUCGUGAGAUACGAUGCCAGGACGUUGGGGAGGAAGUUGCCACCUGUGAACUACAGCUAGGAAACAAAACCGAUGCAGAUUACGAAGCCUACGUCAACGCCCAGCGGGAGGAGCGGGAAAACGUGUGGCGCGAAGAGGAACGCAAACAGAGGGAGAUUGAGGAAGAGGAAAAACGUCUCAGAGACGAAGAACGCAAAAAGAAGCGCGAACUUGAACGUCAGAAAGACGAGGAAGACCGGGCCCGAAGAAAGGAAAUUGAUGAACAGAGACGAGCUGAUCGUGAACGCCAACGUGAAGAGCAACGAACUCUCGAUGAGCAGCGAGAACGAGAGCGAGAUGAAAGAUAUGAGCGCCGAAGGCGAGAAGAUAGGGAGCGAUAUCGAGGCUGGGACCGCGACCGCAGUCGAACUCGAGAUAGAGACCGUUUCCGUGAUCGCUCUCCAGCCUAUCGCUCUGACCGUGGUUUAUCCCCUUGGCCCCGGGAUUCAAAACAUGACAAGUCAUCUACAUCUAAUGAUCCAACUCCUGUGUUAGUGCCCCUUGUCGACGAGAAGUCACUUGAGGAGGCUGCUUUGCAAAUGCUCUUGAAAGAAGGCGAAGAACUCGCAGCCAAGGCUCGACAGAAGCCCGAGUUUGACUUUGAAGAGGCCGAGGCUAUUGAAAAUGGAUUGAAACCGCCAGGAUCGACAUUGGGACCUGCAAAGGGUGCAAACGAUUCCAGAUUUUCCAACACAUCUACUAGAGCGGCUAGCCUAUCCCGAGAUGCUGACGCAAGGCGCGGUUCACUUGCAGACCGUGGCGAUCGGUCCCGACAUUUGACACGCGAUCGAACCCGGAGUCGCUCGCGCCGACGGCGCACAUCCCGUUAUGACACAGAUCGUCGACAUGAACGGUCCCGGGAUGCUUCUGUGAGGUCUCGAGAUCGUGAUAUGGAUGCGCGCCGUGGCUAUCGUGAUUUCCGGGAUGACCGAGGCGGUGGAAGCUACAGACCAGGCCGUCGCAGCCGUAGUCGAUCCGUCGGCCGGCGUGACCGAGACCGCAGUGCUGGCCGCGAUAGAGAUAGAAUACGGGAUCGAUCGCGGUCUAAAGACCGUGACCGAGACCGCAGCCGCAACCGUGACCGAGAUCAUGACAAUUAUCGCCCUCGGCGCAGUCGGCCUUCUCGCUCACCCGUGCGCCGACGUUCUCGCAGCCACUCACACUCGCGUCCUCGUGCUCGAUCUACUCGCCGGCGAUCUCGGUCUCGGCGUCGCUCACCUUCUCCUACUCUAGAUAUUGACCGCUACGUGCCGUCCACCAGCAAUCGGAGCAAGUCACCCCGCCGUCGGGUCCGAUCUCCAGAGCGAGAGCGAGAGCGUGAACAGCGACCCCGGUUAGCUGAUAUUGACCGUUACAAACCUGUAUCUGAACGAGAGAAGGAUCUGACUCUGGCAAAAGAGGGCGAUAUUGAGCUGAUCGCCGACCUCGUCGACGAACCCCUAGUCGCCGAAGGAGCCCUAGUAGACGAAGAAGCCCGAAUCGGCGACGAAGUCGCAGUCGCAGAAGGAACAGGAGUCGAUGAUCUUUUACGCAGGUGUUUUGCCAUGUAUAAAAAAGACUAG